UCGUGCGAUCUCGUUGAAGCCGUGAUCAAGCUCGUCAAACCAGAGGCAGUUUUUCUUGAGUUAUGCAGUGAACGACGCUCUUUGCUUUUGCAACCAACGAUUCAUGAAAUUCCCACAGUAAAGAAGAUGCUAGAAGCCUGGCGAUCAAAGCAAGGGAAUACCCUUGGAAACUUGUAUUCUUACCUCCUCGCAAAGGUUGCUCAAAGGCUGGGAGUUUCACCGGGGGACGAAUUCCGAAGAGCUUACAAUACAGGACGCGCGUGCAAUGCGGAAAUUAUUCUCGGGGACCGGCUUGCCUCGAUUACACUACAACGAGCUACGGCGGGGUUGACACUGUGGCAAAAGAUGAAGCUGGGCGGGAGUUUACUCUUGAGUAUAAUCUGCCUACCGUGGGUUGACAAAAUGGAGCUCUCCGAGGACACUGUAAAGCUCCUGGGAGAAUAUGUCAAGAGUUUUCCCUCGCUUAUAAACGCUCUCCUGACGGAAAGAGACUUAUUCAUGACUUCAACACUGAGAAGCGCGUGCAGCAAGCACGCCUCCGUUGUUGCGGUUGUCGGACAAGGUCACGUUCCAGGGAUCAUUGCCAACUGGACCAAACCACCGAUCGAGGUCGAUGCUUUGCUUGAAGUCCCCGAAGUUCCCGAGAAAACAUCGUGGGGAGUUCGCUGGUGGGUUGGAUCUCUCUGUUUGGUUUUAGUUGCCAUCGCCUUCUACAUAGGAAAGAGAUGGAUGCUGUCAAGAGCAGGCAUCAAGACUGUACAGUAAUUCUUUUGGUAAUUUUUCU